AUGGAAACAAACAAGAGUCAAAACGGGGCUCACGCCCAGCAAGCAGCUAUCGUAGCAAGCGCUGAGAUGAAGAGGGCACAAGCGCUGGAACACUUUGAUAAGCUUACUAGAGAGCUGCAUGAGUUUGUUAAGUCUAAAGUCAACAUCCACAAAGAGAUCAAGACGAAGACAACCGGUGUAGUCAACGCCCUUCAAAGGUUCAGAACACUUGAUGACGGAUGGCAGGCACAACAACGGCAAACUCCCAAUGUCACACCGAAGAAGAGCAGACAACCUGCCGCAGACACCGUCGAAGAGAUGGACACCGGUGCCGAAGGCGAUGGUGAAUCUCUAACAGAAGACAGAAGCGACACUGGUGUCAGGUCUGGGAAGAGGAAAGACCGUAACUCUCUUGACCCAACGGUCAACCAAGUAAUGAAGAAAAAGGACACAAAACCAAGUCCUCCGAAAGAAGUGGCGGCACGGAGUGCCAAAAAUAAGGAGGUCGACGCGUGGCAAAAAGUAGAAUCGAAGAAGAGAAGGCCGGAGCAGGAUCACCUCUCAAAGCAAUUGCCGAAGGAGCCACGACCGGAACCUAAGCGGAAAAAAUCGCGCAAAUGGAUCAGACCUGACGCGCUGAUAAUCCGCCCUGCCGAAAAAGAGAAGUAUUCCGAGAUAUUGCGCCGCAUAAAGCGUGAUGUCCCAGCAGACCAGGUUCGAAAUACCGUCGAGAAGGACCAUCACAGGAAUUCUUCAAGACGAUGCUAAGGUAGUCUGUAAAGGUCCACAGGAGACCAUUGAGAUUCGAGACAUCGACGAAGAAACGACGAAGGAAGAGAUCCAGGCCGCCCUGAAAGAGGAAGUU